CACAUACACACAUACAAUCAUGCUGCCGCGCGCGCGCACGCUAAGUAUGUAUAUAUAAAUACGAUGAACAUUUAUUGAAACAAUAAAAAUUAUCUAGUCAUAUUACACAAUCAGUGAUAUUAUUGAUAAAGUUUUCGUAAUGAGAUUUAAUGCGAUUCGUCAAUUUUAUAAGAAGUGUAUUGUCAUUGGUAUUUAUGAAAGAAGGUUACAUAUAAGGUCCUCUACAGUAUCAUAUCGUAGUGACAUUUUAAAACAUUCGAUUAACAAAACAUUUUUUGCUGCAAAACAAAUACUCAAUUUCUCAAAUACAUUUCAUGUAAAAAGAGAAGCUGAAAUUAUGUCUGAAGGACAGAUUAAAUCAUUUACUGUUGAUUACAAUGAUAUUCUGGAAGCACAAAAAAAUGACAGUGUGUUGAUUAUUGAUGUCAGAGAACCAUCUGAAAUUGAUGAAACAGGAAAAUUACCGGGCAGCAUUCACAUUCCAAUGGGAGAUGUUGCAAAUACUUUAACAAAUCUUUCUGAAGAAGAUUUUGUAAAAAAAUUUAACAAAUCAAAGCCUAAUAAUAAUACAAAAAUUAUAUUGAGCUGUAGAUCUGGUAAAAGAAGUGGUAUGGUCCAAGAAGAAUUACAAAAAAUAGGAUACGAAAACGUAUAUAACUAUAUGGGUGGUUGGCUUAAUUGGGAAAGUAAUCAGAAUUAAUGAUAGUAUAAUUGAUUAUUGUUAUUGUUAAAAAAUGCAUGAUUUUUAACUAACAAUACAUGAUAUGUAGAAUAAAAUGAAUUUUACAAAUGAAUAAAAAAUUAUUAUUAAUUUCCUAAA